AUGGAACGCUUAGCGUUAGACUGGGUGAGACGCUGUCGCUACGAGCAUCCCGAUCCUGACAUCUACCCGCAAUAUAAGAACAUCGGCCAAAACUUGGCAAUUAUGACAAUUGACACACCUGAUUGGGUGACGAUGGCUCAGGGUUGGUUCGACGAAGUGGAGGAUUACGACCAUGCCAGUAACAGAUGCCGAGAGCACAUUGAAUUAGUAAAGCAGUAA